AUGUUCCGGCUAAUGCAGGCUGGCAAACACAUGGGCAAGAUUGUGGCAAAUGUCGAAAUGGAGGAUACAGAUCUGGUGCCUAUACGGCGAACUACCGCCAGCCUUCAUCCUAAUGCAUCUUAUUUAGUUGUUGGGGGCUCGGGAGGCAUUGGCCAGUGCAUCUCCGAGUGGCUUGCAGAAAGUGGAGCGAAGAGUGUGAUCAUCCUCUCCAGGUCCGCCAAGAGUGUGGUAAACGUAGCAUCAUAUAAAGCCGAUAUGGCGGAUUUGGGCUGCAACCUACACCUUGUUGAGUGUGAUAUAUCAGCCAGGGAUGAUCUGGCCGAUGUCUUGGGUGACUGCCGAGCGUCUUUGCCCCCGAUCCACGAGUCAUUCAUGCUGGAAUGGUUCUUCAGACUGACAAAUCUACAGGACUCGGUGUUGGAGAGAAUGAGCGUCGCCGACUAUGAAACCACCGUGAAGCCCAAGGUUGAAGGAAGUUGGAACCUGCAUGAGCUGUUGAGCGACACGAAACUGGAAUUUUUCAUCAUGCUGUCCUCCCUGACGGGCAUCUUUGGCAGUUCCAGUCAGAGUAAUUAUGCAGCUGGGGGUGCCUUUCAGGAUGCACUCGCAACCUAUCGCACGUCCCGAGGACUGGCAGGCGUUUCGAUUGACCUCAGCGUAAUCGACUCAGUCGGCUACGCGGCUGAGCACGAGGGGGUGGCCAAGCGUCCAAGCAAGAUUGGCUACCGAGUGCUGAGCCAGGAGGAUGUCCUCGAGGCGAUUGAACGUGCUGUAGCCUCGCCCUUCUGCGGGCAGCUUCUGGUGGGGAUAAAUACAAGCCCUGGGCCUCAUUGGGAUGAAAACAGUAGUAGCAGCAUGGGUGAGGAUAGACGUUCUGUAACGCUGCAAGUCCAUCAGCUCGCGCAAGGCACAACGGCGACGAUGACUGCAGCGAGCUUGGCGGAGGCGCCAGCGUCAGAUGUCGAACUGGAAAUUGCGCAGGCCGCCACACUGGAGGAGGCUCAGCAUGCGGUUGUCGAAGCAAUCUGCAGGAAGCUGUGCAACAUAUUCGUGAUCGAGGAGCAGAUAGAUGUGCGUGUCCCACUUGCGCGGUAUGGGGUUGACUCUCUGGUGGCCGUUGAGAUGCGGAACAUGCUGGCGCUUGUGGCUGGAGCCGAAAUGCCGGUAUUUUGACAUCAUCCAGAGCCCUUCGAUAUCGUCGCUCGGAUCGACUGUAGCUCUAAGGAGCAAACACCUCGACCCGGAGAUUGCGGCAGUUGGGAACUCAUUGUCUUCUGCCGUGUUAGCGUGUUAUGCAUCCUAAUCUCCAGGUGUAAUUGGUGGUUGUGGUGUGGUGUGGGGUGUAAUUAUGUACCUUUGAACUGCAACUGGAUUGAA